ACUGCUUGCCUCCUGACCUGGGUCCCUGUUCUGGAGGAGACCCCAGGCACCAGGUCCAUGUCUCAGCCAUGGUCCCUGACAAAGUGCCUUGCCCCUGCCUGGGCUCCAUACUCCUACUCUUGCUGUUACCAUGGCUUCCCCCAGUAUCUGGCUUCUUCCCCAACAUCUGGAGCCUGGUGGCAGCCCCCAGUUCCAUCACCCACCAGGACCUGACGGAGGAAGCUGCUCUCAAUGUCACCCUGCAGCUCUUCUUGGAAAGGCCACCCCCUGGCAGGAAUCCUCUCCGCCUGGAGGACUUCCAGGGUCGGACACUGCUGGCUGAUGACCUCUUUGCCGCUUACUUUGGGCUUGGGACCCUAUCUCGACGCUUCAGGGCGGCCCUGGGUGAGGUGGCUCGUGCGAAUGCAGCCCAGGACUUCCUCUCAGUGACCAGGAAUGACCCAGAGAUGCACUUUGAUUCAGAACAGCUGGUUGGGAGUCGUGCCCACCUUGUGGGGAGCCUUCGUCAAGCCCUCAGUGCUGCCCGUGCCCUAGAAUACCCUCUGGCCCGAAAACACCUAGGAGCCAUGCUACACGCCUUGCAGGAUUUCUACAGCCAUAGCAAUUGGGUGGAGCUGGGAGAGCAGCAGCCCCACCCUGACCUCCUGUGGCCUGGACGGAAGCUCAAGAAUUUGGCUCAGGUUGGGGACCCGAUGUGCUCUGACUGUGAAGAGUUGAGUUGCCCUGGAAAUUUACUGGGUUCCGUGUUCCUCACUUCUGGUUACUUUGGGGCAGAGCCCCCCAAACCUCCAGGGAAAUGUAGCCACGGGGGCCAUUUUGACCAGAGCAGCCAUGAUACCCCCCGAGGGGGCAUCAAUAAGGAUAGCACAUCUCCAGCUUUCUCACCACACCAUGAUUUGCACCCCCAAGCAGCUCAGCUUGCUCUCCAGGCCUCCAUCCAGGCUCUGAACCUCCUCCGGGGCCGCCUAGGGGAUUCUGGGUUUUCCAGACUUCUGCAAAUCUCCCCAGCCUCCAGCCUGAGCUUUGUCCUGGACACUACAGGCAGUAUGGGGGAAGAAAUUAAUGCAGCCAAAAUACAGGCUCGGAGAAUCAUUGACCAACGUCGUGGUGGCCCCAUGGAGCCUACCCACUACAUUCUUGUGCCUUUCCAUGAUCCUGGAUUUGGGCCUGUCUUUAAGACCAGUGACUCUGAUGCCUUCUGGAAACAGAUCAAUGAGAUCCAUGCUCUAGGGGGUGGAGAUGAGCCUGAGAUGUGUCUGUCAGCCCUGGAGCUGGCCCUGCUCCACACACCCCAGUUCUCAGACAUCUUUGUCUUCACUGAUGCCUCCCCCAAGGAUGCCUAUCUCACCAAUCGUGUAGAGGCCCUCAGCCAGAAGCAGCACUGCAAGGUGACUUUCUUGGUGACAGAGGACCCAUCAAGGAGGGUUCGAAGAGAGGUCCUGUCCCCAAAGCGGUUUGAACCAUAUCAGGCAAUAGCCAUGGCUUCAGGGGGAGAAGUUAUUUUUACCAAGGACCAGUAUAUUCAGAGCGUGGCAAGUGUGGUGGGUGAAAGCAUGAUGGAUAUGGUGACAUUAGCCCUGGUGCCUUCUGUCCUGCCCACCAAGGGGCCUUUCGUGUUCCAUGUGGACAAGCUGCUUCAUGGACUCAUCAUCCACCUCCAUGGAGAGAUAAACACCUUCAGGAUAUCAGACCCCACGGGUAUUUCUCAGGAUAUCCAUCAGGCUUGUGGGCCUCUGGGUCAUAUUCAAAGCUUUGGUCAGUUCUGGACAGUGAACCUAAAUGACCCCCCUGAGGUUGGGGCCUGGGAAAUAGCAAUCACAGCACAGGGGAUACCUGGAGUAAGAGUGAAAGCUAAGACUUCCCUGGAUUUUCUCUUCUAUUUUGGGAUUCCCAUUGAGAAUGGACCCCAUCCUGGCCUUUAUCCCCUAAGCCAACCUGUUGCAGGUCUCCAUACCAUUCUUCUAGUUGAAGUGAUGGGAUUGGUUCCUGGCAUUCCCAAUGUGAAUCUCUCUCAUGUUAUCCUUCGGGGAGACCCUGAGAGUGGAGAGUUGGGCCAUGUGGCCCUAGAGCCAACGGGGGCCCCUGAACGGGGAGUUUUCACUGCUCUCUUGGACCCCAAGCUCCUCCUCACCCAGAGACCUUUCUUCCUGGAGUUGAUUGGCCAGGAUGAUAGGCAGUCCAGUCUUCAGAGAGUAGCCCCUCAGCCUUGUACUGUGGCUCCUGUCCUUCUUGAGCUCAGUGGUCCUUCUGACCCUCUUAGCCCAGGCCACCAGGCUCUGCUCAGUCUCCACAUCGCUAGCUUCUCAGGACCAUGGGACCUCAUCAUUACAGCUUCUGUCAGCCCCAACUUCCCUUUCACCUCCAACCUUUCUAGGGUUAAUGUGGGGCAGAAUGAGUCAGCCUGGGGCCAAUUGUGGCUACAGGUUCCGGGCUCAGCCACACUGGACUCAUUAGUGACAGUGAUGGUGACAGCAAAAGCCAAGUCCAACAGUCCAGCUCCCCAGGCACAUGCUUUCCUCCAGCUCUUGGUGCAAGCACCCCACCAGGAGCAGCUGGAUGACCGUGGCCUUUCCUCCAGGCCAACUCAGAACAUCUCCAGGCCAAACCUGCAUAACUCCACUCUGGGGCCCCAAAGGGGUGGGAGCGAGGGAAGCCUGGCAGCUGGCCUUUGGUGGGGGCCAAUGAGGGCGCUGUUGCUGCUGCUGCUGCUUGGCAUGGCUGCCUGGUGAUACCUUCCCGCCCACACCCCCAGAUAUGGUGCCCAGUAGGGAAGGGAGGCUCUGUCCAUGACUCUGUUAGUGUGGAGGGAUCCUAAACCAUUCCUCUCCUCUAUGCCUCAGAGGUGGGAGUUUCUCCCUCAAAUUGUAGCAUUCAUUUUGUUUCUUUUCAGGUGAGAUUUGGGCAGGAGGGGGAAGCCAGAGGGGAGAAAGAUUUUCCCCCAAAUGCACUAUUUUCCCCUCUCCCUUACAACCUUUUGGGAAUCAAACCAAAGACUUAUUUUUAGAGAAAAUGGCUUUAGCUUUGUUACCUUAUCUCCCCACCACUCCUAUCUCUUUCUCUCUAACCCAGGGACUGUUUGUUAUGGAAGUAUUCAUUUGGGGCCUGAAUUGGUUUCUGUUUUAUUUUUGUAGGAAAAGAUG